AUGUCGACAAGUGGUUACGAAUCCUGGCUCCAGACAACUGAAGACCCUGAAUACCGCACUGCACGCCCUCAUGCAGAGGUCCUACGGCAACUAUUCUCAAACAAGAUUGAUUCAGCCACCGCAAUCAAAGAACUGAGCUUACUCGAUUUUAAAAAUGAUGAUACGCCAUGGGCUCUCUGGGAGUUAAUCUAUGAGGCCGCUGCCGACUUUCCUUCGAGCCAUUCCUCAUUGCUGGCCCUCUUGGUUAAAGCCGAAAAACUCGAUUCACAGCUAUCUGAGUCGGAACCCAAAGACAUACCACGGAAAUGGUUGGGAUGCUUCGGGAGCAUGUGGCGCGACAAUUGGGAUAUGAUCUCACCCCAUGCAUCAUCAGGAUGGACACUUCGUGCUUUGGGCUUGAGCUUAUUGAAGAAGUGUUUGGAGGUGGACCCGACGAAGUACAAGGAGGAAAGACGUCAGGCACAGUCCGCGCUUCAGAGACAGUCACCAUGGUACAAGAUGAAUGUAUCAGAAUUACUAGCAGCCAAUGUAUGCGCCGCUGCACAAUGGAUAAUCCAUGCUGGAAGGUUGAUGUGGAAGGAUGAUCGACCCGACAGUUCUGAGUACAUUCAACAAGUUCUACCCAGUAAAACAGACCUUUGGGAUGGAAGCCACGGUUUUACGGAGGGGAGAUGGCAGCUGUGGAAGGAACGGUUCUUGUUUAUGGCAGAAUACGAGGAUAUCAGCCCAGAUGCCCAGCAAGUUGCACGAAAGGCAGGGCAGAUAAUGGGCGAAUUCCUUUGA